CAAAUGAAAGCAAUUCGGAUCUUGCAUCGCUCAGUUCUGCUACCCACUAGAAUGCCUCUGAUUUGAAGCAAACAGGUGAGACAUCUUCAAACUCAAAUUCUGGAUGUUGUUUCAGUUGCUCAAAGUUCGUUGGAUCUUCCGAAAAAUGGUAUCCCACAUUCAGCUUUCCCUCCCUAGCAUCAAAAUGGUGUUAUGGGGAACACCAUUCUCAAAUUUUCAUAUGAAUAAAAUCUUCGUUCCCUUUCAGCAUCUGAGUUACUCUUUUCAGCAUAGGACGUCUUUGAUACUUGGUUUAUUGAAAAAUUGUUGUUUGUGUACAGCCACUACUAAUUAAGUACUUCGGCAUUUCAAUUCUUGCAGUUUGUAGUUGGCUACUGGAUACAUAGUAGAAGAGUCUUUUCAAGAAUCUUUUCCAGAAAACGAGCCAAUUGCUACCCAUGGCCAAAUCUCGCUUGAAGCUUCGAACUCCAAGAACUAAAGCGCACUAAUGCUUCAUCCACUUGACUACCCACCAACAAACCCAACUGCAGAUUCCAUUGAAUAACCCAUUGAGUAACCAAUUCAACUUCGAACAAAACUACAGAAACAUCUCCAACCUCCUCCUCUCUCUAACCCGAUCAAGAGCUCUCCUCAAGGGCCUCCAAGUCCACGCCCACAUCAUCAAAACAGGAUUCCAAGCAAUCCCGCUGAUUUCCCACCACCUCAUCAACUUCUAUUCGAAAACCCAGCUCCCGCUCGACUCCCAACGAGUUUUCGAAGAGACCCAAGUGAAGUCUUCCACCACUUGGAGCUCUGUCAUUUCUUGCCUCGCGCAGAAUGAGCUUCCUUGUGUCGCCAUCGAGUUCUUUCGCCGAAUGCUUGGUUUCAGUGUUAGGCCCGACGACCAUAUAUUCCCCAGCGCCUUGAAAGCUUCCGGGAUGCUUUCGUGGCGUGAGUUUGGGAGAUCGGUUCAUUGUCUUGCUUUGAAAACAGGGUUUGAUGGGGAUGUGUUUGUGGGGAGUUCUGUGGUUGAUAUAUAUGCGAAAUGCAGGGAGAUUAGAGAUGCAAGGACAGUGUUUGAUGAAAUGCCGGUGAGAAAUGUGGUUUCUUGGGGUGGCAUGAUAUGUGGGUAUACCCAAUUGGGUGAGGAUGAGGAGGCAUUGAGGCUGUUUAAGCAAGCAUUGUGGGAGGGUUUGGAUGUUAAUGAUUUCACUUUUUCGAGUGUAAUACGGGUUUGUGGCAAUUCUACUCUUCUUGAAUUGGGAAAGCAAAUACACGGUUUGUGCUUAAAGACAAGCUAUGAUUCAUCGAGCUUUGUGGGUAGUUCUCUGGUUUCUUUGUACUCCAAGUGCGGAGUAAUUGAAGGAGCUUACCAGAUUUUCGAAGAGAUACCAGAAAGGAACCUAGGCAUGUGGAAUGCAAUGCUUAUUGCCUGUGCUCAGCAUGCACACAUAGAAAAAGCGUUUGAUUUGUUCAAACAGAUGGAAAGCGUGUGUAUGAAACCAAAUUUCAUAACUUUCUUGUGUGUUCUAUAUGCUUGUAGCCACGCGGGACUCAUUGAAGAGGGAAAGCAUUACUUUGAGCUAAUGAAGGUGUAUGGGAUUGAACCAGGGGAUCAACAUUAUGCUUCCAUGGUGGAUUUGCUUGGGCGUGCAGGGAGAUUACAGGAUGCAGUUUCAAUUAUCAAUGGAAUGCCCAUAAAACCAACAGAAUCAGUGUGGGGAGCUUUAUUGACUGUUUGUCGAAUUCAUAAGGACACAGAAUUGGCAGUUUAUGCAGCGGAUAGGGUCUUUGAGUUGGGUCAGGUGAGCUCAGGAAUGCACGUGCUAUUGGCUAAUGCUUAUGCCGCCGCUGGAAGAUAUGAGGAUGCAGCCAAAGCCAGGAAAAUGCUGAGGGACCGAGGGGUGAAGAAGGAAACAGGUUUAAGUUGGGUUGAGCAGGGAAAUUGUGUUCAUGCAUUUGCUGCAGGGGAUAGGCGUCACCCAAUAUCCGGUGAAAUUUACCUGAAGUUGAAGGAAUUGGGGGAAGAAAUGGAGCAUGCCGGUUAUGUUGCAGAUACCAGUUUUGUGCUGCGAGAAGUGGGUAGUGAUGAGAAGAAUCAGGCAAUUAGAUAUCAUAGCGAAAGACUGGCCAUUGCAUUUGGGCUCAUUACUUUUCCACCCGAAAGGCCGAUUCGAGUGAUGAAGAACUUGCGCGUGUGUGGUGAUUGUCACACUGCAAUAAAAUUUAUGUCCAAGUGCAGUGGAAGAGUAAUUAUUGUGAGGGAUAACAAUCGAUUUCAUCGAUUUGAGGAUGGGAAAUGCUCAUGUGGUGACUAUUGGUGAUUUACUUGUAGGAAUAUAAUCACUUGGACCAAUUUCUAUUUGACUAGGAAAUUAGAAAAGAAACACUUGUUGGAACCAUCAAUGGUUUCGACUCCAACACAUUCGUGCACUUGGACCAAUUUUUGUCGAUAGGAAUUUUUUAAAGGAAAUACUUGUGGAAGUUUGCAAUCAAUGAUGAUUCAACUGUAACAGGUCGUGAGGCAGAUGGACUCUACUACCUUGACUCUGGCGGAUCUCCUUCUACUGCGUGUCAUUCUACUUUUUUGUCGUGCAAUUGAGCAGUUUUGGUGUAAAAUUUCCAUGUAAGAUUCAGAAAAGGAAGGAUGUUCCUUAAGUCUCCAAUUUACGAUGUUAUAAGAAUUUUCUUUGGCAUGUACGAUUCUUGGGCAAGACUUCUUGCAUUUGGCAGCCCGCCCUUAUCUGAACUGUUUUAUGGGAAGCUUCCUCGUGCCCCUUGAUUCUUACCGUACA